AAAUUAUUUCCUCUUUUUCUUCUCUCUUCUUAAAACAUGAAGAACCAAAAUCAAAACUCCAUAGCAAUGGCUAUUAAAUCAUUCAACACUCCAAUAAAUAUUAUAAAUCUCCUUUCUUCUUUUUUCUUAUUUGCUUGUGGUAUAACAUGUGGUAUUAUUUUCACUUUUUAUUUCAAAAACUUUAGUGUUAACUUACAAGUCAUCAAUGGCCAAAUUUUAAACUAUUCUUCUUUAAAUUCACAUCCAUUAUCACCACCACCAUCACCGCGAUCGAUAAUUCCUCGAUUAGGGUUGAAUGAGUAUAUUAAGCCAAUUAAUGUUGAACAUGAUAUGAGUGAUGAAGAGUUAUUUUGGAGAAGUUCAAUGGUGCCAAAAGUUAAAGAAUUUCCAUUUAAAAGAGUACCAAAAGUGGCUUUCAUGUUUUUAACAAGAGGGCCAAUUUUGUUAUCACCACUUUGGGAGCUAUUUUUUAAAGGAAAUGAAGGAUUUUAUUCAAUUUAUAUACAUUCUGAUCCUUCUUAUAAUCAAUCACAUAUUGAUGAAAGUUCUAUUUUUCAUGGAAGGAGAAUUCCUAGCAAGGAAGUUGAAUGGGGCAAAAUAAAUAUGGUUGAGGCUGAAAAAAGACUACUUGCAAAUGCUCUUCUUGAUAUCUCUAAUCAAAGAUUUGUUCUUCUCUCUGAGGCAUGCAUUCCCUUGUUCAAUUUCUCUACUAUCUACACUCACCUAAUGAACUCCACGAAAAAUUUCGUGGAGACAUAUGACCAGCCCGGCCCAGUGGGCCGGGGUCGGUACCACCCACAAAUGAGCCCGACUAUCAAACUUCCGCAAUGGAGAAAAGGGUCUCAAUGGUUCGAAAUGGACAGAGAUCUCGCCUUAGAGGUUGUUUCUGACCAGACGUAUUUCUCGGUUUUUAAGAAACACUGUAAGGGCUCGUGCUAUGCUGAUGAACAUUUUUUACCGACUUUUGUAAGUAUGAAGUUCGAAAAGAGGAAUACGGGUCGGACUUUGACUUGGGUUGACUGGUCGAAGGGCGGGCCCCACCCAACCCGUUAUUAUAGGUCAGAUAUAAGUGUGGAGUUUUUGAAAAAGCUGAGAAGUGAGAGUAGUUGUGAGUACAAUGGUGAAAAGACAAGUGUUUGUCACUUGUUUGCAAGGAAAUUUACACCACAUGCUUUGAGUAGACUAUUGAUUUUUGCACCAAAGGUUAUGCAAUUUAACCAUUAAUUAGGAUUAAUUAACACAAAUUGAUGUACAUGGAAAAAAAAAUUCAAUUCUUUGUACAAACCUUAACUUGAUCACAUGAUCAAUGGGUUCAUUUAUUAAUUCAUUCUUUGAUUUUGA